AUGUGGUUUUAUGGACCUAUGUUCUUGCAUGGUCGGGAAGAACUGUGGCCUUCAAAACCAUCAUCAGCGUUAAAAUCCGAAAUCCUCAUUGAUCCUGAACGAAAGAAGGAAACUCAAGUAUCUACAUUGUCUGUUGUUGAAGGCACAGCAAAUCCUGGAGAGUUAAUGUACUCAAUACGACACAACAACUCAUUUGGAAGACUUCAACGGAUAUUAUCGUAUAUAUUAAGAUUCGUAAAAAGAACCAGAAGAAAACAAAAUGAUCAUUCGAGCAAUUUUUUGACUCCAGAUGAUCUAGAUGCAGCACAUCAGGUCAUCAUCAAAAGUAUUCAAUAUGCAGAAUUCAAAAAUGAAAUCAAAAUUAUGAAAUCUGAUGGAAGAAUAAAUAAGUCCAGUGCAUUGGCAUCACUGGCACGUUUUAUUGAUAAUACGGGCAUCACAAGAGUUGGUGGACGUUUGGAUGCAGUCUCAUUAUCGUAUGACGCAAAACAUCCUAUGUUGUUGCCUUAUAACGACCCCAUUGUCAAAUUAAUAAUGGAACAAGUCCAUAAGAAAUACAUGCACUGUGGUCCGCAGUCUCUCCUAGCUAACAUGCGUCAACGAUACUGGCCAAUUAAGGGCAAAUUGAUGGCAAGAUCAGUAGUACAACAUUGUGUACGUUGUACUAAAGUAAGAUCACGAUUUUAUGAACAACUGAUGGGUAAUUUGCCUGCGACAAGAGUACAACCUGGGCGACCAUUCCUCACCACUGGAGUGAACUUUUGCGGACCUUUUUGGAUACAUUACAGAAUCCGAGGGAAGAAACCACACAAGGCAUACAUUGCUGUGUACUGUUGUUUUACAACUAAGGUAGUUCACCUCGAAGUAGUUAGCGACUUAACCACAGAUGCAUUCAUCGGAUCGCUGAAACGUUUUAUUGCUCGAAGAGGACACUGCAAAAAUUUGUUUUGUGACAAUGCCACAAAUUUCGUAGGAGCAAGCAAUCAAUUACUUGAACUUGCAGACUCAAUUCAAGCAAACAAGGCACAAGAGAAGAUAAUUAACGAAUGUAAUGAAAGAGGAAUAACAUUUAAAUUUAUACCUCCUCGUGCACUACACUUCGGUGGACUGUGGGAAGCAGCAGUCAAAUCAGCAAAACACUUAUUGAUACACGUCACUAACAUAUGA